AUAUGUUAGAACGUAUUCAAUUGCCAUAUAAAACAUCGGAGAUGUAAAAGUUGGCCUGGUUUACGAAUUCAAUUCUGAAGUGAAAUACACCUCGGCAAUCACUAGUGUGCGCGGUUACAAGUGACAAGUGAUGCGUUAAAUGGUAGGAUAUCUAUUUAAGAUGGAAAUUAUCACCGUAUAAUCCAUUCCAUAUACCAGCAUGAAAACUCUGAAGAGAAAAAACAUCAUGAUUUAGAGAAUAAUUUGUCUAUUUCUUUUUAAGUAUUACCAUUACAGUGCUAUUUAACAAUAUGACUGAAACAAUUAAUAUUCGUUAUUGUUGGAUAAUUUACACAGUUUUCUUUUGGAAUUUAAUCAGCAUUUUAAAAACUGUCCAGUCAUGUAAUUUCCCCACGAAGUGGAAAGAUAAUGUCUUCAGAGAUUCUACAAGUGCGACAGUAAAAGAGAACAUCCAUUUCUAUAGCUCUACUGUAGUAUGGCAAACAAAUAUAUUCGGAACGAAUAUAGCCAUUUGGAAUUGCCACGAUAGCAGUAGUCAAGAAAUAGUAAUGAUAGGAACUAAUACUGUGACGCACAACUCACAAACAUACUAUGCCUACCAAUGCUUGCUAUAUACGGAAACAAGCAACGCGACAUUUUACUACUUCCCAGUAAAAAAUAUCACUGACGGCAAUAGGGUGCUUUUAUCCACAAACCCAAGCCUGACAGUGUGUGAUGUUUGUUCUUCAAUUGAACCUGAACUACAUAUUAUGUCAUUACAGUCCGAUGGUAAUUGUAACUGCACACCAUCCUGUUCAGAAUUGACGACAACAGGUUCAUGUUCACAAUCAAUAGACCUGUCUCAAGUUCAGUGUGCAUCAGCAUUAACCACAGUAACAACAGGACAACAAGGAGGCACAACAGCCUCAGAUAAAAAACAACAGACAGGGACGGUGUUUACCGUGGAAGUGAUUGUUAUUUUGUGUGCUAGUCUUUUUGUGUUGUGUUUGAUCCUUGUAACUUCAACUGUUGCCAUAGUUAUAUAUAACAGAAACGAACAACUGAAGAGAAGAUUAUCAAAGAUACGAAAAGUAAGACCCGUAGAACACGUUUAGUGGUCUUUUUGGUGUGGGUGUUUUGACUAUGUGUAAUUUUGUGAAGGGAAUAAUAA